AUGAAAAAAGAAAACGAUUCAAAGGUGACAGAAUUUGUUCUUCUGGGCCUAUCCUCCUCAUGGGAGCUGCAGCUAUUUCUCUUCAUAAUAUUUUUGUUCUUGUACAUGGCUAUUAUCCUAGGAAACCUCUUGAUAGUGGUAACAGUGAGAGCUGAUGCUUGCCUACUCCAAUCUCCUAUGUACUAUUUUUUGGGCCAUCUGUCCUUCAUUGACCUAUGCUUGAGCUGCGUUACUGUACCCAAGAUGUUGGGGGAUUUCCUAUGGCAGGGCAAGAUGAUCUCUUAUUCAGGAUGCCUGGCUCAGAUCUACUUCCUGCACUUUCUAGGAGCCAGUGAGAUGUUUCUGCUGACAGUCAUGGCCUACGACAGGUAUGUUGCCAUAUGUAAUCCUUUGCAUUACCUGACAGUCAUGAACCGUCAGCUGUGCUUCCUGUUGGUUUUUGCCUGCUGGUGUGGGGGCUGCAUCCACUCCAUCACACAGGUCGCGUUGGUCAUCCAGCUUCCCUUCUGUGGCCCCAAUGAACUGGACAACUUCUACUGUGAUGUCCCACAGGUCAUCAAGCUAGCCUGCAUGGACACGUAUGUGGUAGAGGUUCUGAUGGUUUCGAACAGUGGUCUGCUGUCUCUUGUCUGCUUCUUGGUCUUGCUCUUCUCUUAUGCUGUCAUUCUCAUCACCCUGAGAACUCGCUUCCGCCAGGGCCAGAGCAAGGCACUCUCUACCUGUGCCUCCCACAUAACCGUGGUCAGCCUGAUUUUUGUGCCGUGUAUAUUCAUCUACCUGAGGCCUUUCUACAGCUUCUCUGUGGAUAAAGUAUUCUCCAUCUUUUACACAGUGAUCACACCUAUGUUGAACCCCCUCAUCUACACACUCAGAAAUGCUGAUAUGAAGACAGCCAUGAAGAAGCUGAAAAAAGCAUGUGGCAUCCUGUUGCCAUGCUAA